AUGACAACAGGCAUCCUUAAGGUCCGGGGUGACCGCGUCGUUGACUCAGCCGGCAACGACGUGAUCCUCCGGGGCGCAGGCCUUGGUGGCUGGCUCAACAUGGAGAACUUUAUCACGGGCUACCCAGGCCAUGAAUCGUCGCACCGCGCCGCCAUGUUGAAAGUGCUCGGCCAAGAGAACUACGACUUCUUCUUCGAUCGGUGGCUAACGUACUUCUUCAUGGAGGAGGAUGCGAGGUAUUUUGCCAGCUUAGGCCUUAAUUGUAUUAGGAUCCCAUUCAAUUAUCGACACUUUGAGGAUGAUAUGAAUCCACGUGUGCUGAAGGAAGAGGGCUUCAAACACUUGGAUCGGGUUAUUGAGUUGUGCGCAAAACACGGCCUCUACACAAUCCUCGACAUGCACACCCUUCCCGGUGGCCAAGGCCCAGGGUGGCACGCCGACAACCCGACUGCGCAUGGCGCCUUCUGGGAACACAAAGACCACCAAGACCGAACCAUCUGGCUCUGGACACAGCUCGCCGCGCGCUACAAACACAACUCCUGGAUCGCAGGCUACAACCCGAUCAAUGAGCCCUGCGACCCUCAACACGUCCGCCUCCCGGCCUUCUACGCUCGCCUUGAAAAGGAAAUCCGCAAAGUAGACCCAGACCACAUACUCUGGCUCGACGGAAACACCUUUGCGAUGGAGUUCAAAGGCUUCGAUGUCGUGCUACCGAACUGCGUCUAUGCGCUCCAUGACUACAGCACCAUGGGUUUCCCCACCGGUGCCCCGUAUGUUGGCAGCGAGGAGCAGAAAGCGGCCUUGCGGCGCCAGUUCGCGCGAAAGACGGAAUUCCACCGCGCGAACAAGACGGCGAUCUGGAACGGCGAGUUCGGCCCCGUGUACGCAAAUCCCAAGUACGAACCCGAUGCGGAGAAGAUCAAUACCGCCCGGUACGAGCUCCUCGGGGAGCAGAUGCGGAUCUACGACGAGGCGAAGAUCAGCUGGACAAUCUGGCUAUACAAAGAUAUUGGCCUACAGGGCAUGGUGCACACAUCUCCCACAUCACCGUGGAAUAAGCUUAUCUCCCCGUUCCUCGAGAAAAAGAAAAGGCUCCAGCUCGACAGCUGGGGGAAGUAUCCCUCCGAGGAGGUUGAAGCACUCCUUAAACCUCUGGUGGAGUGGAUAGACCGCGUCAGCCCGACGGCCGCGCAGACCUAUCCGACGAACUGGGACACGGGGAAGCACAUCGACCGGGCGGUGUUGCAGACGUUUUUGAGCGAGAGCUUGCAGAUGGAGUUUGCAGGCUUGUUUGCGGGGAAGAGUCUGGAGGACCUCGAGGAGCUGGCGGGCAGCUUCAAAUUCGAGAAUUGUGUCCAGCGGGAGGGGUUGAAUCAGAUUAUGGCGCGUCAUGCGAAGUUGAGGUCGUGA